AUGUGGAGAGAUGAAUUAUUGACUUGGAAUCCUGCAUUGUAUGGAGGGAUAAAACAUUUUAUUGUUACUCAAGACUAUAUAUGGAAACCUGAUAUAGCCAUCUACAAUAGCAUAUGUGAUUUUUACCUAAGUUCAAGUGUAGUGAAUGUCUUUAUCAACAAUCAGGGAUUGAUACUUUGGGAGCCGCCUGUUAUUCUUGAACUUUCCUGCAAAGUGGAUGUAUCUAAGUAUCCAUAUGACAAGAACACGUGCGAUAUUAAAAUGAUUUCGUGGAUGUAUGACGUAGCCGCAAUAAAUAUCACAACUGGCAAAGAACCUAUCAUUAUGGAUAGGUUUGUUCCCAACAAGGUAUUCAUAGUUAGCUCCGGUGGAGUCGAGUGCAGAUAUUACCGCCACUUCAAAAAAUACUACAAGUAUCUACUCUUCAAGAUAACACUCGCCAGGAGGGCGAUGUACCCAACAAUGACGAUAGUGGUACCGAUCAUAAUGUUGGCUAUCCUCAACAUCCUGUCCUUCUUAAUAGCACUGGGUGAUAAGGACAAACUCUCUGUCGCCUUCACAACCCUGCUUGCAUCCACCGUGUUUCUCAGCAUCGUAGAUAAUGAACUACCUGAUAACUCAUCAGAAAUAUCCCUUUUAAUUGUGUACAUCUCACUCCUAAUACUUAUUUCAAUAUUCACUAUCGCGGGGCAUUGCGUGACUAUCGCCGUGCAUGAUAUGGACCUGAAAGCAGCAAAAGUCUCUCCGGAUUCCAUAGGAGGCAGCAAGCCAGUUGCGACUUUUAAAUGGUGGAAUAUCCUAACAUCUGGAAGCAGAGCCUGGGGACUCAACGCAUUGUUCCUGAUAUUUAAUAUUAUUUUCUUUGUCGUAGUUACGUGUGUCGUCUCGUUUUAUUUGUUCGCAUAA